UGAUAUCGCAUGCCACCACGUAAUUAUGUACCGUUGCGUCCGUUGGACGAAUCGUGAUCAACCUUUACUCGUCUCGGUCUUGUGUGCCGGACAUGUCAAACGAUAACGCCAAUAACGUGGAAAGUAGCAACUGUUAGCACAGCUGUGACAAAUAUUUGUAUCAAUAUUUUGGUGCUUUGCAACUUCAAGGUGAAAAAUGCGUCGAGCUAUGAUCAACUGCAACCAGGUGCAGACCGAGGUGAUAUCGGAAGGCCGUUGGAUCGAGGAGGAUCCCCUGCCACAUUCCAGCAAGAACAUAAUCCUCGUCAUUCCCGGGAAUCCAGGUGUUCCGCGAUUUUACGAGGGCUUCAUCAAGGCGCUCAAUUCGAGAUUAGCGCCGGACACACCUGUGUGGGUCAUCGGACACGCUGGACAUGUUCAACCACCGGAGAACCUGGACAUCGCUAUGCCCGGUGAUCACAAGUGGGCCGAGUGCUACAGUCUGACAGCGCAGGUUCAACACAAGGCUGAAUUCAUAAAAAAAUACGUACCAGAGGAUGCGCAUUUACAUAUCAUUGGACAUUCCAUAGGUGCCUGGUUUGUACUCAAUUUACUGAAGGACAACGACAUUGAUAGAAGGAUACGGAGAUGCUAUCUGCUGUUCCCCACGAUAGAAUACAUGGCGGAGACUCGUAACGGAAUGUUCUUUAACACUUUUUUGUCACGUACGGCGCCAAUUUUAGUUUUCCUGUCUUGGAUCUUCACGGCAAUGUUUCCAGUAACUCUACAAACGUUUAUGAUACGUACUUUCGGUAUGUUUUAUGGCAUCCCAGCCAGAUCCGUCAGGGCGGUUCGAGAAAUGCUGGAUCCGAGAGCUUUGCGUAAAAUAAUCAAUCUCGCCAAGGAAGAGAUGAAAUAUGUCAAGGAAGCUGAUCAUGAGACUAUAUCGAAACACGCCGAUAAACUUUGGCUGUAUUAUGGUGCCAGCGACGGCUGGGCUCCAGUAAAAUAUUACAACAACAUGAUGUCGAGACAUCCUGAUCUGAAUGCUCAGUUAUGUCGGCGUGGCUUUCAACAUUCGUUUGUGUUGAAAGAUGACGUGGACCUGGGACACAUCAUUGGCGAUCUCAUCAACGAAGAUUCGACACAUUGAUAUUUCAGUUAAUUAAUGCGUUUACCUUUGCAUUUUUCACUGAGAUUUUUUUAAAUAUUUUUUUUAUAUUUUUGGGUUUUUAUAUAUAUAAUUUUAUUAUUGUUUAUAUUAUAUAUUUGUUAUUUUUGUUGUUACGUCAUAUUAAUAGUUAUAUAAAAAAACCGCAAGCAAAGGGAAAAGGGGCUUACAUUACAAUUUCUUUAAUUUAAUGGUUGUAUAUUAUGUGUUCGACAUGUUGCGUUUUUCGAUCUCGCUCCUGUGUUCUGCCGGCGGUCAGUAGAAGCCGUUCGAUAUCGCGUUACACAUUAUUUUUACUUAUUAUUAAUUUCACAGAUAUGCAUCACCGAUCAAUUUAUAAUCGAAUAUAAAUAAUGUUGGCAAAAAGUGAUACAAUCAACUUUUUAUAUAUUGAAAUUGAAAGAAUUUUAUAAUAAACUGUUACGAAGAUUUUGUUACCACUGAUUUUAAAA